AUGACAGCACUAGCCGGAAACACCUUUCUUAACAUGCCCUACAUGGAAUCGCUCGACAGUCUCAACUGCGCCCUCAACCAAAACACAUUCGAUAACGUCGACUCGACAGACUCUUUCCUAAAGUCGGAGAUUUUCCCGCAGAAACAACAAGUCAGUACGUGCGCAGUUUCGUCUACGAACAACAAUCAACAACAGAAUGGAGCAGCGUUCGUGUUCAACGAACAGACGAAUAACAAACGUGCCGCUGUUUCUACUUCGACAAAUAACAAGAUUAACAACAGUUCGCCCUCAAAUGCCUCGUCAGCAAUAGACAGUGGCAUAUCAUCCAUCAAGUCUGAAGAAUACAACGCUUAUGGCAGCAUAUUGGAUGUCGACUCGGCAGUUUCCAGCGGAGGCUCUUCACCGACUCACAUACUAUUGGGCGAGUUUGAUAAUACACUCCCACAACUCACUUACUACAGUCAGCUAUGCGAAGAAGACAGUACGAGCGAAGCAAGCUUUGCUUCCGCUACCUCACCUACCAUGCCUCCAAACGACUUUCCCUCCUACUCGUUCUCCGACAACCUCCAACCAUAUACAACUUCAUAUUAUGACAUAAUCAAUCAACCACCACCCUUCGAACCCAACCCUACAGUACCUCAAUCCAUGGAUCAAAUGCGCUUUAUUAUCUAUGAACCAACAAACGAUGGCGCUCCCCUCGUCCCUACUCUCAACCAAUCUACAAUUUGGCCUGCAAUGGUGCCACCGGACGCGUUGACACGGAAUACGUUCCAGCCGCAGAGUGGCCUUUCAUUCCCAUACGAAUUUGCCGCAAACUCUGUAACGUCUCCAAUAGACCCAGCAUCAUCAUCAUCGUCUCCCCAAUUAGCUCCGCAGCAAACGCAAACUGGCGCAGGUGCAAAUGGACAACAGCAGCAGCCGACACAGCAACAGCAACAAAUGAUCAAAUGUCCUCACGAAGAUUGUCCAAAGACCUUUAGUCGAUUAUAUAACCUAAAAGCACAUUUGCGAUCUCAUUCACCUGCUCGUCCAUAUCAAUGUCCCAUGUGUCCACGAUCAUUCUCUAGGAAACACGAUCUGCAGAGACAUAUCAGAGUGCACACGGGUGUCAAGCCAUAUCAGUGUCCAUGUUGCCACAAGGCAUUUGCACGAACGGAUGCUUUACGAAGGCACUUUAAGAUGGAAGAAACAUGUAGAAGCUCGCCCGAGGUGCAAAACAUGAAGACGAGGAGAAGAUACUCGGAUUUGCAUUGA